CAUACGUACACAUUUUUUGGGAAUAUGGGAAUUGCUGCACUAAACGUCGAUGCUUUGUGAUUUUUCUUUCUAGAAUGUAUAUGUUAUGAUACUUUUAUAGGUCCAUUUUGCUGAAUGUCAUUUUUUUUUUUUGCUGUCGAGUUAUUAAGUUAUAACGCUGGUGCAAUAACAGCUCUGGCUACAAUACAUUACAUAAUUUAAAACACGUGAGUUAUUUACAAGCUGUUUUAUAAGCAGCGUGAAACGUACUAUACUAUGUAACAAAGAAUAAUAACGCUACAAACGCACGUGGAGUGACAUCAUACUAGCAGAGCUCAGGGAAGUAACAGAAGACGUCAUGAUUUUUCGCACAUGCGCAUUCACAGGAAACUGAAUUUUUCGGAACCGGCAGGACGCGGGAACCGAGGAGAGAGAAAGAGACUGAAAUUACCAGUCAGGCCAUUAGUUCCAUACACGUACACGCAGUGAAAUGAAUGCGAAGAGAAGGUGUUGGACUUUAACAGGAGCGACGGUAGCAUGUGUUCUCGCGCUGUACCUGCGCUGUGUUCCGCGCGCUGUGGCAGGUGGAGACUCAGGAGAGUUGAUCACCGCUGCUUGUGAGCUGGGGGUGGCCCACCCCCCUGGAUAUCCUCUCUUCACUAUGCUGGCCUCACUGGCCCUCUGUCUGGUUCCGGCAACUUCUCCUGCACACGCCAUCAAUGUGCUGUGUGCCGUACUGGGGGCCAUGGCUAGCGGGGCACUCUGCUACGCUGUCUGCAGAAUGGCUGGGCCUGGUCCUGGAGCCGUGCUAGCAUGUGGAAGCUUCGCUGUAUCCAAACUUGUGUGGCAGUGGUCACUAGUGGCUGAAGUCUUCUCAUUAAAUAAUUUAUUUGUGGGAAUAAUUUUCUCCCUCUCAGUUUGCUUCCAUAAUGCGGAAACUGUGGAGAAGAAGAAAAAGUUUGCUCUGUGGGGGGCACUGUGCUGUGGAUUGAGUCUGUGUAAUCAGCACACUUUGGUUGUGUAUGUGGUCUUCAUCAUUCCCUGGGCUCUGGUCCAGCUCUACAGUUACGAGGGGUUGAGUUUUUCAGCCAUAGUAUCACUGGGUUUGUGUUUCCUCGCCGGAUUCGUGCCCUAUCUCUACUUGCCCAUUUCCUCAUACUUAAACAUGGCUAGAUGGAGUUGGGGAGACCAGACGACUCUUAGUGGCCUGCUUACGCACCUGCUGAGGGCUGAAUAUGGCACCUUCAGUUUGGCAAAAUCUGAAGGUACAGUUAACCUGGUGAAGAUGCUACAAGCUCAGUAUAAUCACUGUGUGGAUGACCUCUCUGUUCCUGUGCUUGUAUUUGCUGUAUUGGCUCUGAUACACGCUUUAUGUAAUAGGAAAUGUCGUGUUUUUGUGUGCCUGAUUGCUGUUAUGGUGAGUGUUUAUUCUGUGUUCUUUGCCUGGAGAGCCAACCUGGACAUUGAGAAUCCCCUGCUGCUUGGAGUUGUGGAGCGUUUCUGGCUACAGGCUGAUGCUGGUGUGUGUGUACUGGCUGGUGUGGGCCUGAACUGGACAGUGCGUUUGUUGGAGAGAUGGCUGGGGCUGAGAUCUGUGUGGAAUGUGGGAGCCUGGCUCAUCACUGCAGGACUUCUCUCACACACAAUUCACAUUAACCAAAGAGAGUUUGAACAGAGUAAGAAUGAUGUUGUGGAGAGAUUCGCCCGUGAGCUCAUUUUCUCAUUCCCAGAGAGCUCUUUGGUGCUGACCAGGGGUGAUCUUCCCGGUAACACACUCCGCUACCUGCACUACUGCCAGGGCCUGCGGCCAGACCUCAGCCUCGUUGACCAAGAGAUGAUGACCUAUAGCUGGUAUGUGCCUAAACUGCAACAGCACCUUUCUGGAGUAAAGUUCCCUGGGCGAGUUUGGGAUCCAGUUAUCACUGAACAGAAGAAUAGCUUUAACAUCGAACAGUUUAUCCAACACAAUAUACACCGGCCUGUGUUUGUGUGUAUUGGCCUAUCAGAAGGAGACCCAAGUUGGAAGAAGUCUUUCUCCCUUUGGCCGUGGGGGGUCUGUGAGCAGCUGAUGCCUCUUACAAGCCGUCUGCACCCUGUGGAAUGGGCACGGCACAUACAGAAUCUGUAUAACUGGAGUGAGCCUCAUAACAGCUUUCCAUCUGGCUCAUGGGAGCAAGUGGCCAAUGAGGAGAUGUGGCAGGCCAGAAUGAAAAUGCCAUUUUUCCUCUUUGACCUUGCUGAGAGGAUGGAGGGAGGGGGGCACACACACCUCUAUGAGCUUUCUUACAAUAUGUAUUGUCAAAUUGUGAAUGCCCAGAAGGACUACCCUGCUAAUUGGGAUAAGAAUCUGGCUUUGGCUGCUGAGCGCUUGCUCCAUUUUGAAGGAGGACAGCAUGGACUAGAAACUCUACUGAGCCGCAGUAUCUAUCACUUCACCCGCUACAUUGAGAGAGAACCUUCGGACCCUCAGAGCGAUGCCAUCCUUUCUGCCAUCACACAUCUAAAUAAAGAGAGGGACAGACUCAGAAACUUGCACAGAGGAAUGCAACCUAAGCCAGGAUUGUGGGAACCCAUGGAAUCGCUGUGACCGUGGAUGCAGGCAUGGUGCCACGGCAACACUGGAAUGUGGGCCGCCUGAGCAGAUAAGAGUGGAGAGCCCAUCCAGCAGGAGGUGGGGGAAUGAAGAGCGAAAGUAAGAGAUGGGAAAAGAAGAGAGUGCACUGCCGUAGUCAAGAGAAUGAUGGGAUCAGAGUGAACAAACUGGUCAGUAGGGGUAUGGACAGAAAGACAUUACUGAAAGCACAACAAGGACAUAGAGAGAAUGUGGCAGUAAAAUGCAAGCAAGAGCCAAAAGAGAGAGCAACAGAGAGUUGCAGUGGAACAGACACAUUACACAGUGGCAAUGGAAGCCAGCCUUAUUGCUCUUUGCAUUUCAUUUACAUCCUUGGCUGUAUCGACCAAUCGGAUUGGGAGCACAGCCUGGGGCUUAGGAGGAGAAUAAAAAGACAAAAAUGCCUUAGCUGUACUCAUCCCUCCCUGAUAAUACCCCUUCUGUUUUUCUUUUUUCCCUGCACCCGGAGAGGAGUUGAUACUGUCCGAAAUGCCAGAGCAGAAGCGACACCUCCGCUUGCUGUGCAUUGCUGAUAGACUGUGCCGGGAGCGUGCUAAAAGAGGGCUUUAGCUGCAGGGCCUAUCUCCUUUCACUGACUUGGAAGGGGGAUUGGAGAGCGGGAGCAAAGAGGAAGGAAAGAGACAAUACAGGGCUAGCCACUGUUAUGGAGUUGAGAUGAAACUUUGGUCACUUAUGCAGGUGUGUGGACAUAUAGAUUUGUUCCACUGAUGGACUAGAGGGGGACACAGUCCAGACUGAAGAUUUGAAAGGCCUUAUGAUCCCUGUUUAAAAUUCCAAAACUCUCAAUCCAUGACCAAUGACUGAUUUAAUUUCA